CUGAUUUCAAAUAUUUUAUAUGAAUUAUUUACAUUAUUUAUUUAUGAGGUUUCACCUGAACUUAGCGAAAACUCCUUUUUAUCUUCUUCAGGCCGUUUCUUUUAUGAAUGCAUUGUGACUGACGACGGCCUUUGCCGAGUUGGGUGGUCAACAAUGCGGGCCAGCUACGAAAUAGGAACAGAUGCUGAGAGCUUUGGUUUUGGUGGCACGGGUAGAGCCUCUCACAAGCGACAAUUUGAUGUUUAUGGUGAUUCUUUUGGCCUUGGUGAUACUGUGGGCUGUUUUUUAGACCUCGAUAAUGCAGCCAUAAGUUGGUCCAAAAAUGGCGCAAAUUUGGGCAAGGCUUUCGAUGUGCCAAGCCAUUUGAUUCAGGCCGGUCUAUUCCCCUCAGUUUCUCUUAAAAAUGCAGAACUACGUUUCAAUUUCGGCGCCACCCCAUUCAAAUAUCCACAGGCUGGAUGGUUGGCUAUAGGAUCUGCCGAGAAAGAGCAGCUUAUUAUCUCAUCUAAGUUCGGUUAG